AUGGCAUCUCAACACGUAAACGACCAAGAACACGACGAGCAACAAUACCUCCAGCUCAUCCGACGCGUCCUAGACGCGGGAGAUAUCCGUCCAGAUCGUACAGGCACCGGUACCAUCGCCAUCUUCGCGCCCCCCUCUCUGCGGUUCUCGCUCGCAGACUCCACGCUCCCACUAUUAACCACAAAACGAACAUUCAUGCGCGGGAUCGUUGAGGAACUCUUAUGGUUUGUUCAUGGUUCUACGGACUCGACGAUCCUUUCCAAAAAGGGCGUCAAGAUAUGGGAUGGGAAUGGCUCGAAGGCGUUUUUGGAGGGCCGCGGGUUGGGCCAUCGACGCGAGGGUGACUUGGGGCCUGUGUAUGGCUUUCAAUGGAGGCACUUUGGAGCGGAGUACGUGGAUUGCGACAAGGAUUAUACCGGUCAAGGUGUUGACCAACUUCGAGAGUGUAUCAAGAAGAUCAAGGAGAACCCAACUGAUCGUCGUAUCAUCCUGAGCGCUUGGAACCCCAAAGAUAUCCCACAAAUGGCUCUACCCCCGUGCCACAUGCUUUGCCAAUUCUACGUACACCUACCGCCUGCCUCCGACCCAACCCAAAAACCCAAACUUUCCUGUCUGAUGUAUCAACGCUCCGCCGACUUGGGCCUCGGAAUCCCAUUCAACAUCGCCUCAUAUGCGCUGCUCACGCACAUGAUCGCGCAUGUGACGGGGACAACUGCGCACGAACUCAUCAUUCAGCUGGGUGACGCUCACGUGUAUCGCGAUCAUGUCGAUGCGCUGGAGGAGCAGCUGAAGCGCGAGCCGAGGCCGUUUCCAAAGUUGAGAUGGGCGAGGGACAAUAUUGAUGAUAUUGAGGAUUUUGUUUAUAGUGAUUUUGUGGUUGAAGGGUAUGAACCACAUCCUAGUAUCGCGAUGAAGAUGAGUAUUUGAACUUUUGGAUGCUUUGUUUUCGUUGUCCAUCUUGUAUUCCCGAUUUACCUCUUAGAUGUUUGUAAAUACCCGUUCAUGUAUUCCCUGUAUUCGGUUUCAUAGAAUCGUCAGCGUAUCCAGUUUGCCCCUGGAGUGCACAACAAGAUU